UCCUGGUCUCCGAGGGUUUUGGGGUCUCUUCCUCCUCCGACCAUCUUCUUCUUCUUCUUCUUCUUCUUCUUCUGGGUCGGGUGGCUCGCCGGCGAUGGCGGAAUCCGAGAAGCCGGCCGACCUGAAGAAGCUCCUGGAGCAGUUGCGCCGGAGAGCAUCCGAAGCCGAGGAUCGCUUGUCCAGACUCGAAGCUGCUGUUGCAAAGGAGAAAGAUUCUUAUGAGGAGGAAUACUUGAAAAAGAUUAGCAAACUAGAGUCGGAGCUCGAAUGUGCAAAAUCGGAGUUAGCUGCAGAACAUAAAAAGGCAGGGGAGCUUGCUGCGGAGAACGCAAAACUCAAAUAUCGCGUGACUCAUCUUGUUCAAGCAGUGAAGGAGGCUGAUCUAAAGCUAGAGAGCAAGGGAAUCUGAGUAGAUAUCUAAAUCGAUUCUCCUUUUCGGGAAAUGAAUAGGCGACAUACAAAAGCAAUAUUUAAGGUUGAAUAACACGAUACCUUUGAAUUACCCCCAAACUCUAGAAUGUAUUGUAGACCUUUUUCUGUUUAUAAGAACUUGACACUUGUGACUUGAAUGUUAUGAAUCACAGUAACCUUAUUUCCCUUAAUUAGUUUACUUUUAUGAGGAGGGUUGAUUGACUUGUCAUUAAAA